CAAGUUCCAGCUGAAGCGUGGGGCAACAACCUUCGUCUAUAUCCAUCCGGAACCCUCAAGCGAGCGACCGGCAGAGUCUUUCCAUCGGUCUCCCUCUUUCCUCGUUUCUUUUUCUUUGUCCUGGAGAUCUUCCCUGCCCCUCUGUAUGCGGCAAGAGUCUAACCUAAAAAUCUUGGUGAGAGAGGCAGGAAUCGAGACGCAGAAACGAGUGAGAUGGCUUUGAAUCCACAGCUGUUCGCCAAUGGGAUGCCCGUCCCCUUCGUGGGCGAGAUGUUCGUGCUGGCCCGGGAUGGUGUCGACUUCGAGAUCGACAAAAUCCCCGGAGCUCAUGGUGGUCAUGUCAAAGCAAGGGGAACUAUUUACUUGUCAAAUAUAUGUUUGGUAUUCGUUGCUAAGAAACCUGUUGGCAACUUUGUGGCUUUCGAUAUGCCCCUGUUACAUGUUCAUGAUGAAAAGUUUAACCAGCCAAUCUUUUUCUGUAACAACAUAUCUGGAUUUGUCGAACCUGUAGUUCCAGAUGAUCAGCGCAGGUCUCUCUAUUCCACUCAUUCCUUCAAGAUUCUGUUUAAGGAAGGUGGAUGUGGAACUUUUGUUCCCCUUUUCUUGAAUCUUAUUGCAUCUGUGAGGCAGUAUAAUCAGCAUAUGGCAAAUUCUGCUCCUACUGCUUCUCGUGUUGACCCACUACAAGCUGCUCAGACUCCAGUGGAGGACAUGAUGAGACAUGCGUAUGUCGAUCCAAAUGACCCAACCAAAAUCUUUUUGCAGCAGCCGACACCCGAAUCCCAAUUGAGGAGGAGAACAUACCAUUCCCAGCCUGCUGAGAACUCCUACAAAGUUUAGUACUACAGUUGUCUUAUGUGUCGAUACUGCCACUUUUAAAUAUGAAUAAAAUUGUGAACUUUAAUGCUACUAUAAAUACUGCAUUUUCCUUUGUUGGUCAUCUGACAUUGUGUCUCAGAAAAUUUGCCUGGAUGGUUCAGUAGCUUAGAAGAAAAUUUGAUUGCAAUGCGGUCCUUGUUGUAAUGUCUAUUGGAUGUUUAUUGGCAUCUGUUUCAACACUGUUUUUGCCAAGC